AUGAGAUAACGAAGUGGUUAGAUAUUGUCACCAGCUAGAGUGAUUCAAAACUUUUAGAUGAGCACCAAGAAUUACACUAGCAAAAAUGCAUCCUAAUCUCCUUUAAAAUUUCUACAAAGGAAUUUGUCACAAAUAAUAUUGAAGGACUUAGUAAAGCCAGAUACAAGUCGUAAGGUGAAUCAUGGGAGUAUUACUGAGAGAGUGCAUAGUCAAUAGCGAUCUAAUUCAAGGGACAAAGCAAAACCACAAACAAAGCAACCCAAGGUUCCAACUGAAAUUAACCUUCCUUUUCAAUAACUAACCAAAGGAAUCAACUUGAUCCUGAAUCAAAAACUAACAAACAAAAAUAAAUUGAUUUUAGAAAAAGGAUCCAUGACUCGUCGAAAUAGUGUUGAAGAUUUAUUAACCAAUUCAGUUUAGAUAGGAGGUAAAUCUUCCUCAAUUGAUAAACUACCGAAAUCAGAAAUUUAGAUCUAUGUUCAUUAUUCGUCAGAAGUAACCUAGAAUUAUAAAUUCUGUGCAAAUGCAACAACAGAUAAAGUGCUGAGUAUGCUUAAGAAUAAGUCUGGAAACUAUUAAGUGGUAGGAUUUGCGACUCUAGAUGAAAAUAUUGGAUUUGAUUAUUACCUUACAAUACCUUUUUUGCCUUUGACCCACAUGGUAGGCAAGACCAUCCGUAUGAAACCCAUUUUUGGAAUUUCCCCUCCCAAACAGCUAAAUUUAAGUUGUUUCUAAUUUUUACAUGUAAUUGGGAAAGGUGGAUUCUCUACAGUGAUAUUAUCUCGAUCCCUAAUUGACGGCAGUUUUAUUGCUCUGAAAUUAAUUAGUAAGUCUUUUGUGGUAUAAAAUGAAAAAUAGGAUUUGGUUUAAAAUGAAAGAGAUAUAUUAAUUGAAACUACAAAUAAAGGUUCAUUAUUUACAUCCAAAAUUGAGUUUGCUUUUGAAACUAAAAAUUGGAUCAUAUUUGGCAUAGAAUAUUGCCCUGGUGGAGAAAUGUUUAGUUAUAUGAAGCGAGUCUAGAAAAUGACUGAGUCUUAAGCUAGAUUCUACAUCACUGAAGUAUGUCUAGCUUUGGGAUUCUUGCAUCAUCAAUAAAUUAUUUAUAGAGAUCUAAAGCCAGAAAAUGUUCUUAUUGAUAUAACAGGACAUAUCCAACUGGCGGAUUUUGGAUUGGCCAGACCAAACAUGCAACCAGAAUAAAAUGCUUAUUCCUUUUGUGGAUCCCCAGAGUACAUGGCUCCAGAAAUGUUCCACAAUGAUGGUCACAACAAUUUAGUUGAUUAUUAUUGUUUAGGAGCCUUGCUCUAUGAAUUUGUUACAGGUCUUCCACCCUUCUACUGUGAAGAUAAGAACAUUAUUUAUACAAGAUUGCUAAACGAAUAAGUCUAAUUCCCAAAAAAACUAAGUCCAGAAAUAAAGGAUCUGAUUAAAUUGCUUAUGAUAAAGGAUCCAAAUAAAAGGUUAGGUUCCAAAAGUGGAGUAGAUGAUAUAUUAGCACAUCCUUGGUUUCAAGAUAUCGAUAUUGCAAAGUACAUCCAAAAAUAGGUGGACCCUCCUUACAUUCCAGAUCUAACAAAAUUAUAAUUUAAAUCACCUACUACUAAUGAUAGAAUAUUAUUCGAACAAUUAAAUCGUGAGCAAAAAUUGAUCAAUCAAUUUAUACCAAUGUUUGACACUUCGUUCUUUUAUCAAUAAAAAAGAUAUCAGUGUUAUGAAUUUGAUAAAAAUUCUUCAACUUAAGUGACAAAAGACACUAUAGAUUCGUUGGUGAGGAAGAGAACUAAAAAUUCUCAGAAUAGUUAAUAAUCCUUAUUAUCCCAAUAAUCUUAGUCAUAAUUGUCUUCAGUAUUAGGUUCUAAUGAAACACUAAAAAAUACUAAAAGUGUAACAAACCUUAAAGUUUAUUAAAAUUUAUUAACUGAACCGUCUAGAAAAUGA